UCACCUUAACCAGCAUUCAGCUGUCCAUUGCCAGUUCUAAGACGAGAAGGUUUGUGUUUUAGGCUGUGGACUAUUGCCUUUCACACAGAAAAGAAAAGGAUUCUUAGACUGUUCAAGGUCUGCAUGUGCUGACUUCUGAUGUGAAGGACUGGACUGGAAUCAUGGUUAUUCUACAGAAGGGGGACUAUGUUUGGCUGGACCUCAAGACUGGCCGGGAGUUUGAUGUUCCUGUUGGUGCUGUGGUCAAACUUUGUGACUCCGGGCAGAUCCAGGUGCUGGAUGAUGAAGGCAGUGAGCACUGGAUUUCACCUCAGAAUGCCACCAACAUCAAGCCAAUGCACCCCACCUCUAUCCACGGGGUGGAAGACAUGAUCCGACUGGGAGACCUGAACGAGGCUGGGAUCCUGCGUAACCUCCUCAUUCGUUACAGGGACCAUCUUAUAUAUACCUACACAGGUUCCAUCUUAGUAGCUGUGAACCCCUACCAACUGCUGCCUAUCUAUACACCAGACCAGAUUCGCUUGUACACCAACAAAAAGAUUGGGGAGAUGCCACCUCACAUCUUUGCCAUUGCAGACAACUGCUACUUCAACAUGCAGCGCAACAACAAAGACCAGUGCUGCAUCAUCAGUGGGGAGUCAGGAGCUGGGAAGACAGAGAGCACCAAACUUAUCCUGCAGUUCCUGGCAGCAAUCAGUGGACAACACUCCUGGAUAGAGCAGCAGGUCCUGGAGGCUAACCCCAUUCUGGAAGCCUUUGGCAAUGCCAAGACCAUUCGCAAUGACAACUCCAGCCGCUUUGGAAAGUACAUUGACAUUCAUUUCAACAAGAGAGGAGCCAUUGAAGGAGCCAAGAUUGAACAGUAUCUGCUGGAGAAGUCCAGAGUCUGCAGACAGGCCCGGGAUGAGAGAAACUAUCACAUCUUUUACUGCAUGCUGAAAGGAAUGACCCCGGAACAAAAGAAGAAGCUGGGGUUAGGCAAAGCCACUGAUUACUCCUACCUCACCAUGGGAAAUUGUACAGUGUGUGAUGGCCGUGAUGACACUAAAGAAUACUCAAAUAUUCGCUCUGCAAUGAAGGUCCUUAUGUUCACUGACACAGAGAACUGGGAGAUUUCCAAACUGAUGGCUGCCAUCUUACACAUGGGGAACCUACACUAUGAAGCUCGGAUGUAUGAUAAUCUGGAUGCCUGUGUAGUGGUGAGAUCUCCUAAUCUAAUGACAGCAGCGGCUCUGCUGGAGGUGGAUCCUCAGGAUGUGAUGAACUGCCUCACCAGCCGGACCCUGAUCACCAGGGGGGAGACCGUCUCCACACCCCUCAGCAUAGAGCAGGCUCUCGAUGUCAGGGAUGCUUUUGUAAAGGGAAUCUAUGGACGGUUGUUUGUUUGGAUAGUAGAAAAGAUCAACGCUGCCAUUUACAAAGCCCCCUCCAAUGAGCCAAAAACAGUGAGACGAUCCAUUGGCUUGCUGGAUAUCUUUGGGUUUGAGAACUUCACUGUCAACAGCUUUGAGCAGCUGUGUAUCAACUUUGCCAACGAGAACCUGCAGCAGUUCUUUGUGCGGCACGUUUUCAAGCUGGAGCAAGAGGAGUACAACCUGGAGAACAUCAACUGGCAGCACAUCGAGUUCACCGACAACCAGGAUGCCCUGGACAUGAUUGCCAUCAAGCCGUUGAACAUCAUCUCGCUCAUCGACGAGGAGAGCAAGUUCCCAAAGGGUACUGACACGACCAUGCUCUACAAACUGAACUCCCAACAUAAGCUGAACACCAACUACAUUCCCCCAAAGAACUCUUACGAAACCCAGUUUGGAAUCACCCACUUUGCUGGAGUAGUCUACUACGAGACCAGAGGAUUUCUGGAGAAGAACAGGGACACCCUCCACGGAGACAUUAUCCAGCUCGUCCAUUCCUCCAAGAACAAGUUCAUCAAGCAGAUAUUCCAGGCUGAUGUUGCCAUGGGUGCAGAGACCAGGAAGCGCUCCCCGACUCUCAGCAGCCAGUUUAAACGUUCGCUCGAGCUGCUGAUGAGAACCCUGAGUGUGUGUCAGCCCUUCUUCGUCCGCUGCAUCAAACCCAAUGAGUACAAGAAGCCCAUGCUGUUUGACCGGGAGCUCUGUGUGCGUCAGCUGAGGUAUUCCGGGAUGAUGGAAACCAUCCGGAUACGCCGAGCUGGCUACCCCAUCCGGUACACCUUUGUGGAGUUUGUAGACCGCUACCGCGUCCUCAUGCCAGGCGUCAAACCGGCGUACAAGCAGGAGGACCUGCGAGGGACAUGCCAGCGAAUAGCAGAAGCUGUUUUGGGGAGAGAUGAUGACUGGCAAAUUGGAAAGACAAAGAUUUUCCUCAAGGACCACCAUGACAUGCUGCUGGAGAUCGAGAGGGACAAGGCCAUCACCGACAAGGUCAUCCUCAUCCAGAAGGUCGUGCGCGGCUUUAAAGACAGGUCCAAUUUCCUCAAGAUCAGAAAGUCUGCGAUGCUGAUACAGAAACAGUGGAGGGGCUAUAACUGUCGAAAGAACUACAGCGCAAUGCGGAUCGGCUUUGCGCGCCUGCAGGCACUCUACCGGUCCCGCAAGCUCUACAAGACGUACCACGUGGCGAGGAAGCGGAUCAUUGAGUUCCAGGCGCAGUGCCGGGGCUGCCUGGUCCGGCGGGCUUUCCGACACCGGCUGUGGGCAGUCAUCACCAUCCAGGCCUACGCCAGGGGCAUGAUCUCCCGCAGGCUCUACAAGCGGCUCAAGGGGGAGUACCGGCGCCGCCUGGAGGCUGAGAAGAUGCGUCUGGCCGAGGAGGAGAAGCUGAGGAACCAGAUGAGCGCCAAGAAGGCAAAAGUGGAGGCAGAUAAGAAACACCAGGAGCGCCUGGCCCAGCUGGCCCGUGAGGAUGCAGAGAGGGAGAAGAAGGAGCGCGAGGAGGCCCGGCGGAAGAAGAAUCUCCUGGAGCAGAUGGAAAAGGCGCGGCAGGAACCCGUAAACGACUCUGACAUGGUGGACAAAAUGUUUGGCUUUCUCGGUACCACUAACUCCUUCCCCGGCCAGGAAGGACAAGCACCGUCUGGGUUUGAGGAUCUGGAGCAUGCUCAGAAGGAGAUGGAGGAGGAAGACCUUGAUGAUUCCUUGCCGCUGCCUGAAGAGGAAGAGGAGGACCUCUCCGAGUAUAAGUUUGCCAAGUUCGCGGCCACCUAUUUCCAGGGCACCACGACGCACACAUACAUCCGACGCCCGCUGAAGCAGCCCCUGCUCUACCACGAGGACGAAGGAGAUCAACUGGCAGCCCUGGCUGUGUGGAUCACGAUUUUGCGCUUCAUGGGUGAUCUCCCUGAACCCAAGUACCACACAGCCAUGAGCGAUGGCAGUGAGAAGAUCCCAGUCAUGACCAAGAUCUACGAGACCCUGGGAAAGAGGACCUACAAGCGGGAACUCCAAGCCCUGCAGGUGGAGGGAGAGAACGCUCACAUUGAUAGCCACAAGAAGAACAGCGUGCGGCACAAACUUGUAUCCCUCACUCUCAAGAAGAAAUCAAAGUUAACCGAAGAGGUUUCAAAGAGACUGAACGAUGGCGAGCAGACCCUGCAAGGCAACAGCAUGCUUGAGGACAGGCCUACCUCCAACCUAGAGAAGCUUCAUUUCAUCAUCGGCAAUGGCAUCCUCAGGCCUGCCUUGAGGGAUGAGAUCUACUGCCAGAUCUCAAAGCAGCUGACUCAGAAUCCAUCGAAAAGCAGCCAUGCUCGAGGCUGGAUCCUCAUAUCUCUUUGUGUUGGCUGCUUCGCUCCCUCAGAGAAGUUUGUUAAGUAUUUAAGAAACUUCAUCGUGGGUGGCCCCCCUGGCUAUGCCCCAUAUUGUGAGGAGAGGCUGAGGAGGACGUUUGUUAAUGGCACACGGACACAGCCCCCUAGCUGGCUGGAACUGCAGGCCACGAAGUCGAAGAAGCCCAUCAUGCUGCCGGUGACGUUCAUGGACGGCACGACUAAGACUUUGCUGGCAGACUCGGCGACGACAGCAAAGGAGCUCUGCAACUCCCUGGCCGACAAGAUCAGCCUCAAAGACAGAUUCGGCUUCUCCCUCUACAUUGCCUUAUUUGACAAGGUGUCCUCCCUGGGAAGCGGGAAUGACCAUGUGAUGGACGCUGUGUCUCAGUGCGAGCAGUACGCCAAAGAGCAGGGCGCGCAGGAGCGCAACGCCCCCUGGAGGCUCUUCUUCCGCAAGGAGAUCUUCACGCCCUGGCACAACCCCAGCGAGGAUAACGUGGCCAACAACCUCAUCUACCAGCAGAUCGUCAGGGGGGUCAAGUUCGGGGAGUACCGCUGUGAUAAGGAAGAAGACCUUGCUGAGCUGGCCUCUCAGCAGUACUACGUAGACUACGGCUCUGAGGUGCUUCUGGAGCGCUUGCUGAGUUUAAUCCCCUCUUACAUCCCGGACAGAGAGAUCAGCUCAUCCAAAACUGUGGAGAAGUGGGCUCAGUUCAUCAUGGCAGCUCACAAAAAGGGAAUUUACACUCAGAAGAGGAUGGACCCCCAGAAAGUGAAAGAGGAAGUGGUGGAUUUUGCUCGAUUCAAGUGGCCUUUGCUUUUUUCUCGGUUUUAUGAAGCCUUUAAGUUUUCAGGACCCAGUCUGCCUAAGAACGAUGUCAUUGUAGCUGUGAACUGGACUGGGGUGUAUUUCGUCGAUGAGCAAGAACAAGUCCUUCUGGAGCUUUCCUUCCCAGAAAUCACUGCUGUCUCCAGUAGCAGAGGAGGCAAGUUGCAAGGGCAGAGUUUCAUGCUGGCCACCAUUAAAGGGGAUGAAUACACCUUCACCUCCAACAACUCAGAUGACAUCCGGGACCUCAUCGUCACCUUCCUAGAGGGGCUGAGGAGCAGGUCCAAGUUUGUGGUCGCUCUGCAAGACAAUCCUAACCCUGCUGGAGAAGAGUCUUCGUUCCUGAGUUUUGCCAAGGGAGACCUCAUAAUGCUGGACCAGGAUUGCGGGGAGCAGGUGAUGAAUUCAGGCUGGGCUCAUGGCAUCAAUGACAGGACCAAACAGAAGGGGGACUUCCCUGCAGACUGCGUCUACGUGCUCCCUACAGUCACAAAACCCCCACUGGAGAUUGUGGCCUUGGUGACAAUGACCCCUGACCAGAGGCAAGAUGCUAUCAGGACCUCCCUGCUGACACUGGUGGAGAGCGACGAGAAAGUGAAGCCAUACACUCUAGAGGAGUUCUCCUACGAUUACUUCAGGCCGCCUCCCAAACACACGCUGAGCCGCGUGAUGAUCACAAAGAGCCGGGGGAAGGACAAGCUGUGGUGCUGCACCCGGGAGCCCAUCAAACAGCCGCUGCUCAAGAAAGUGCUGAGUCACGAGGAUCUGUCCCAGGAGGCCUGCUUGGCGUUCACCGCCAUGAUGAAGUAUAUGGGCGAUUAUCCGUCCAAACGCACGCGCUCCGUGAAUGAGCUGACAGACCAGAUAUUCGAAGUUGCCUUGAAAUCGGAGCCUCUCAAAGACGAGAUCUUCUGCCAGAUAAUCAAGCAGCUCACUGAAAACCACGUCAAGUACAGUGAAGAGAAAGGCUGGGAGUUGCUAUGGUUGUGUACAGGCCUCUUCCCUCCUAGCAACAUGCUUCUGCCCCACAUCCAGAGGUUUCUACAGUCCAAGAAACACCAUCCACUGGCUGUGGACUGUAUGCAGAGACUACAGAAAGCUCUCCGCAACGGCUCCAGGAAGUACCCCCCUCACUUGGUAGAAGUUGAAGCCAUUCAGCACAAAACCACACAGAUCUUCCACAAGGUCUAUUUCCCAGACGACUCAGAUGAGGCUUUCGAAGUGGAGUCGAGCACAAAAGCAAAAGACUUCUGUCAGAACAUAUCUAACAGGCUGCUGCUUAAAUCUUCAGAGGGGUUCAGCUUAUUUGUAAAGAUUUCUGACAAGGUGAUCAGUGUUCCAGAGGGGGACUUCUUCUUUGACUUUGUGAGGCAUCUCACAGACUGGAUCAAGAAAGCCAGACCAGCAAAGGAUGGUAUAGUGCCUUCUUUAACAUAUCAGGUGUUCUUUAUGAAGAAGCUCUGGACGAGCACUGUCCCAGGAAAGGAUUCCAUGGCAGACUCCAUAUUCCACUACUAUCAGGAGCUGCCGAAGUACCUGCGUGGUUACCACAAGUGCUCCAGGGAAGAGGUGUUCCAGCUCGGGGCUCUGAUUUACCGUGUGAAGUUUGAGGACGACAAGUCACACUUUCCCAGCAUUACCAAGAUUCUGAAGGAGCUGGUCCCCCAGGAUUUGAUUCGCCAGCUCUCUCCUGACGACUGGAAACGGUCCAUUGUGGCAUACUUCAACAAGCAAGCUGGAAAAUCAAGGGAGGAGGCAAAGCUGGCGUUUUUAAAAAUUAUCUUCAAGUGGCCUACAUUUGGAUCUGCCUUCUUUGAGGUUAAGCAAACUACUGAGCCAAAUUUUCCAGAGAUCCUGCUUAUAGCGAUAAACAAGCAUGGAGUCAGCUUGAUAGACCCAAAGACCAAGGACAUACUAACAACCCACCCGUUCACAAAGAUCUCAAACUGGAGCAGCGGCAACACAUACUUCCACAUCACCAUCGGAAACCUGGUGCGAGGGAGCAAGCUUCUCUGUGAAACGUCACUGGGCUACAAGAUGGACGACCUGUUGACCUCGUACAUCAGCCAGAUGCUGACGACCAUGAGCAAGCAGCGCAGCACCAAGGGCAGCAGCAAGUGAACUGAGCGUAAUUAUUGGCGCCAAGCUUUUGAGCUUAUGCAGCUCCUCCGGCCACUGGGCAACCCCUGCAGCUGGGCCAACACCUUCUCCUCCCAGGUGUGGAGGAUGAGCCGGAGCCCCUCGCAGAGCUCCACUGACACAGACCCUGAUGAGCACAGCCCCACCUCUCCAUCCAGCGAGGACGACUACCUGUGACAGCACAACCACAAUCAGGCAGAUGAAUGGUGUUCUCCCCUGUAUGGUCUAUUGGGCCUAACUAGGCCUCGAUGACCAAUAGAAUGCCCAGGCCUGGCUUGUUGAGGUCAGCUCCACUAGGCCCUGAGUCUCUGCCAGGCUUUCUUUGUUUUUUACUGUUCAGCAUUUUCAGACUGAAGACCUUCUAGCUAACAACUCAUAUUUUGUGUUCUUUAUUUGUCCUUUUUAUUUUGCAAAAGGAAGUCGUGCAAAAGGUUGAAGGACUAUGGAUUUAAAGCUAUUCACACGCUACAGGAGAAGCUGCAGCAUGAGAAAAUGAUGUGAAAGGAAAAGGAGGAAUUGAAAAUACGCAGCGACCUCAGAGUAUUUUUACAGAGCUGCGGAAAACUUGUUUAAGAGCCUGUUUGAGGUCUGUUUAACAGUAGAAAUAGCUGAGAAUUGGAGAUAGAUAAGAAUCAGUAUUAAAAUUGGGACUUUUCAUGAUAUCUGCAAGGUUAUAAUAUUUUAGCAUUAUAUUAGCUAUGGUGUGCUUUAAUAUUCAUUUCACUUCCAGUUCAGAGGAUCUCAGUGGCUGGUCUUUAUAAGUCCAAUAAUUAAAAGAAAAAAUACAAAGAGCAAGCUAUUCUGGAAAGGAUAAUAAAGCACACAAUAAAUAAUUAUAAAUACCCCUUAUUUUACAUUGGAUUGAAUCCAUUUUUGGGGGGGAAACCAGACACUGCCCUCACUCAUUCCACUGUGUCUGAGUUCUCUUGGUUUUACCUCUGUCACAAAACGCCUUAGAAGCCAGGUUACACUCAGAACAGAAUGAGGGAAAUGGCCCACCUUGCUCCCAUUGAAAAUGUCUUUGUCAGAAUACAGGCAGAACCUUGCAUCAGACUGGACAUUGUACUUCUUCAAACUAGUUAAAUAACAUACACCCCAACGCCACCUGCUGGACUUGCAAACUACAACAGCUCACUGAGAUAAAGUUCUGGAUUUUCUGUUAAAUAACCAUCAUGCCAGAACGAACACACCCUUUUGAAAAAUAACAAAAACAUGAGUUGAUUGAACAGGUUUUAGAAAGUGUAUACUUUACAUCCCAUUUUAGCACAACCCAAAGAGAAACGGGGAUCUGUGAAUGUUUAUUCUCUGACAUGCCAGCACAAGAUCAUUGACCCACUGGGAUUAAAAUGGCCCCUAGAUUUCUUUUUUUUUUUUUUUUUUUUUUUUUUUUUAUAUAUGCUCAUUGGAAGUAGGAAGUGAGUUGACUAGAAUGAUGAACAUGCAAGAGUGCUGUGACAGUUUAUAGUGGUAAGCUUCAUGUAUCGGUAGGUUUUAUUUAUCUGAAUAGAUUUUUACAAAUAUUUAAUAUAAUAUACACAUUGUAAAGUUGCUCAUAGGAAUGUCGUUUGUUUUAUAUAAUAUCUACUGAACACACUAUGGAUUAUCUUGUAAAGAAAGCUGCUGUUUUUAAAAUGUUAAAUUCCAAAACACAGAGUGAAAGAAGUUGAAAAGUAAGAACUGCAUUUUUGACAGUUUCAUGUAUAUGUAACAAAUACAUAAAAAUUGUGGCAGUUUAUGGAUCCAUUCUUGGUAGUUAUAUGUAUGAAUCAUGUAAUCAUAAUAUCACGUUAUCAAUAUUAUUUGUUUAUUUAGCAGAAGCCUUUAUCCGAGGUGACUUAUCGAGAGUAGGGUGUGUGAACUGUGGAUCAGCUGCAGAGGCAAUUACAACUUCUCACCCAAAAAGAUGGAGCACAAGCAGGCUAAGUGACUUGCUCAGGAUCACACAGUCAGGCAGUGGCUGAGCUAGGAUUGGAA